AUGGACUCACAAAGGCCAGAUCCUGGACCAAAGCUUUGCAAUCUGGGCAGUACUGAGCAAAACAUCCGGUUGGCUUCGGUUACAGAAGCUGUUCCAGAUCCAGACCAUGCUCAUAUUGCAAGCGAUGCCGCUGGCCAGGCGCGCUAUGCGUCAGUUCGCACACGACUCGCUAUUAUGAACGCACUGUGUCUCGCGGUGCUUUGUUUGGCUCUCGACAACACAAUCCUCGCAACGGCGAUUCCCAAGAUCACUGAAGACUUCAAUUCCAUGCGCCAAAUGGGAUGGUACGUCAGUGCCUACAUGCUCACACUGUCCAGCGUGACCCUUGUCUACGGCAAACUAUUUACCUACUACACCAUCAAGUGGGUGUAUCUCACAGCGCUUGCUUUGUUUGAGAUCGGGUCUCUAGUCUGCGCGGUCUCGCCACACUCUGUCGCCCUGAUCAUCGGGCGUGCAGUGGCCGGAAUAGGCGGGUCUGGAUUACUAGUGGGCUCGUACCUGAUCGUUUCUGUGAUCGUCCCCGUGGAAAAACGGCCGGUGUACAACUCCAUUCUGACCGGCAUCUACUCAAUCGGCGGAGUCGUUGGCCCACUACUGGGCGUUGGUGGCGUUACUGCAUUAUUCUUGUUGCUCUUCUUCCGAGCAGACAAACCAUGCAAGGUACCAGGCAGAGCGGCAGAGCAGCUCCUCGAGCUGGAUAUCGUGGGCCUUGCUCUUCUCAUCCCAGGCGUUGUCUCUUUAUUUCUAGUGCUCCAGUGGGGGGGCGCGACAUAUCCAUGGGCCAAUGUGCGCAUUAUCGCGCUGUUAGUCUUGUUUGGUGUGCUGAUGCUGACAUUCGCGGCUGUGGAAUACUGGCAACAAGACAGGGCCACCAUACCUCCCAGCUUGAUUAAGAACCGUAACAUCUGGGGCUCCAUGAUCUUUGGCGCUGGCACGACCGCGUCGCUGAUUGUGCUUUACUACUAUCUUCCCAUUUGGUUUCAAAGCGUCAAGGGUGCAUCAGCAACAAUGUCCGGGGUCAUGAAUAUUCCGCUGAUUCUAUCUGUUGCCUUCACGUCCGUUCUAACAGGGUGGACCGUUACCGCUCUGGGGUACUACCUGCCGUUCAUGUAUGUGAGUAUUAUUCUCACCUCUGUGGGAGCAGGCCUGUUGUCCACCUUCAAGGUAGACUCUGGCCAUCCAACCUGGAUAGGGUUCCAGGUCCUGUACGGCCUCGGGGCUGGCAUGGCAUUUGGGCUCCCUCUUAUCGUGGUCCAGGUUACCCUGCCGACAGAGAAGAUCCCCAUCGGCACGGCCUUGAUCGCAUUCAUCCAAACCCUGUCCGGCGCCUUGUUCAAUUUUGUGGGCCAGAGCGUUUUCCAGACGCACCUGCUGCGUUUCCUAUCCGAGGAAGCCCCAGGGCUUGAUGCGGACAAGAUUGCAGACGCGGGUGCAAUGGCGAUUCGUAAGAUCGUCGAGCCGGAUAUGGUGCCCGUUGUGCUGGAGGCGUAUAACUCUGCGGCGACACAUGUCUUCAUUAUUACACUGACGUUGGCCGCGGCAAGCCUGUUGGGCGUCUUGCCCAUGAGGUGGGUAUCGGUGAAGGCGAAGGAGGCUGAGGCUGAGUCUACAGGGCCUGCUGAGAGGCUUUGA